AUGCACCACGGAAUUGGUCAAGACGGCUUCUAUGCUGAGUAUGUGGCAGUCGAUGUUCGCGCUGCGAUCCCAUUGCCAGAUGGUGUUGAGCCAGCCGUUGCUGCUGUCGCUACUGAUGCUGUCACCACAGCUUAUCAUGGUAUUACCCGCCGUGCUGAGGUCAAGAAAGAAGAAACUACUUUCCUUUUUGGACUUGGUGGGCUUGGCUUCAAUGCGCUCCAGAUUGUGCGCCAUAUCGGUGCUAGAGUCAUUGUUUCCGAUUUACGGCAAGAAAAGCUGGAUGCUGCUCUGAAUUUGGGUGUUCCACUAGAGGAUAUUGUUCCAGUUGGGAAGUCGGUGCAAGACUUUGUCGAGGAAAAUGGGCUGCAGGGAAAGAUUGAUACCGUACUUGAAUUUGUGGGCAGCAACCAGACUAACCAGGAUGCACAACACAUUGUGCGUCCUGGGGGAAAGAUCCUGUGUGUUGGCACUCUUGAUCGCAUCAAUGGAUUGGACAUGAAGAUCGGAAUUCGGAAGAGACUAAGCAUUAUCUUCACAUAUGGUGGGCAAUACCGAGAUUUAGUAGAGGUCCUUGGCUUGAUUGCAAAGGGAGUCAUUCAGCCUCAGGUUGAAUUGGGCAAGUUGCAGGAUUUCCCAAGGGUUCUCAAAGAAUUGGGACAGGGCAAGAUCAAGGAUCGGAUAGCAUUAGUGUCAGAUGUUGUAUGA